GUCGUUGUCAACAAUCCCACAAAACCUAACGGAACUUAAGUUGAAGCUUUUAUCUUGGUUUAUUCAGAGGAUGACUACAUCUGGUUUUGCAUCCUGCGUCGAACAUGCCCGGAGCUGUUCUUCCCGUGACAGAGCGCGCCCCUUCAUUACGCAUCAGCUUACGUAGGAAAGCCGUAUCGCAGCGUGAGCGCAGCGCAACUCCUGAGCCUCCGAGGAGUACGAGAAAAAGCCAAGCAAAGAAGCGAGGCAGACCGGCGGCGUCAAAAACGAAGAGUUCUUCCGCGAACAAAUCUCAGGUGGAAUCAAAAGCGAGGCAGUCUAGAGGAAAAUCCACUAGAAGCAAACACUCGAAACCGUGGGAGUACGAUGAUGGUGAUGAACAGCACUAUGACUAUGUUUCUUGCUCUGAAUCCGAGUCAUCAUCUAGCGAAGAAGAGUAUUCGUUCAAAGCUUCAAACUCUCGUGUGGAGUUCCUUGAGGAUGAGCUUGACGAUGACAGCCUUGUUAACGAUGAUUCGACCCAUACUCUCGAGGAAGAUCUUAGCGAGUGCUCUCGACUACCUUGGGUGGAAUUGCCAAAGGCAGAUAUACCACCACUUGAUCUUCCAGAAAGCAGUCAGGAUAUUCCCAUACCUCAAGAAUAUUUAUUGGACACUGUUGAGCUUUAUGAACUUUUGCGCAGUUAUUGGCGCACGUUGCGGUUGACACCCUUUCUAUUUGAAGAUUUUUGUGCGGCGUUAUUAUCGCCGGAUAACUCCUGCUUGUUAGCAGAAAUUCAUAUCGUCCUCAUUAGGAUGUGUUUCAAAAAUGAUGAUGAAGAGCAGGUUCACUAUUCUGGUAACGAAACCAACAAUGCGUAUAAUAUAAUCACAGCCUGUUUAGAACCUAUGACUUAUGCUGAGGUCCUUCGACAGUACCUUUCAAGUGAUGUUAAUGUCCCUGAAGAAGUGAUGGAAGCAGUAAAUGCUCCAAAUUAUCCUUUUGUUGGAUUUGCUGCACGAUUAGUUCUUAUUACAUUCCUUAGUUAUCGCUUUCUUUAUUCGACCGAGUAUAAAAAAGAUGUGGUGGCUUUGAAUGGGAAGUUAGAGCAUGACGAGACUUGCCGUUCGUGCUGUAAGGGUGGCGACCUUUUGCAAUGUAUCUCUUGUGAAGCUGCUUUUCACGCGGCAUGUGUCGACUUAGAGACUACUCCGACAGAAUGGACUUGCGACUUUUGUGAAAAGAGCAAGGUGAGGGGAGUCCAGGACUGCCUACCUUUCAAUGAAUGCGCUACGAAACAACCUUUGCGAAUGGAACCCGUUGGACGAGAUCGACACGGCAGAUUUUAUUGGUUUGUUGCGAGGAGGAUUUUUGUGCAUAACAUGGAUGAGUCUGAUCUGCGAUACUACUCAACAGCGCCGCAGUUCUACCAGCUUGUCAAAAGGAUGGAUCCGACAUUUUUUGAAUUUGAUCUGUGUAGUUUCUUUUAUGAGAAACUCAGCGACAUCUUAGAGCAGAUGUCCGUUACUUUGGAAUUAUCAUCAGACCGUAGAGACACUCUGUACCGUGAAAAUUACAACAGCAAUAAGCCACUGCCAGCAGAAGUUUUUCUACAACAAGACAACAUGAUUGUCAUGGGUGAUAUAUUGGUAGCGGAGGGUGCGCUUGUGAAGCAGGAACCAUACGACAAGGACUCCGAUAUAAAAACUGAGGACAAUGACGAAGAAGACCAGAAGCCUUUUGAAACCCUUGACGGAUGCUUUAAAACAAUGCUGGGCUUGUCCAAAGGACAUCUCAUCAAUAAUUUCUGGAGCGGAAAUGUGGAAGAAAAGGAGCUGCUACAGCUCAAAACAACGCGGGAUACAGAUAAAAGUUUACGUCCCGAUCCAAGCAAGUUGUUCCGCAUGGGAAAUCCAAGUGAUGAUAACUCAUACAGCAAGUAUAGCAAUCUGUUUGUUGAACACAAAUUCGGCGAACAUCCCGUUACCAGAAGGAAAGUUGCUGACAAAAAGAAGUACCUUUGCACCAAGUUUUCACUGAUAGAAGAAGGAGAAUGGGCAUUUGAAUGGUCGACAGCGAAAGGCCAUAAUCUAUAUGGGAGUGAAAAACUGCAAACUUUGUAUGUUGCGUGGACCAUUGGCAAGCUUUUGAGGAAAGUUCCUGUAGAGUUGAUGCAGCGUAAAUGGCCCUCUGCAUAUACCGAAUUCAAAAAGGAACUUGAUCAGCCUAAUACGUCUUGGAAAAAAUUGCGAGAUCUACUUCUUCGACUGGAAUGUGGGAUGAGACGCACUCUUUUUUUACCGCAGUGGUGGAACAGUCUAGGUCACACCAGGCUUACUCGGACCACGGUCGAGGACAGAGAUCGCAUGAUGAGAGAAGCCCAGAGACGGAAAAAGGAAGAAAGAGAGGCAAUAGAUGUAGAAGAUGAAGAUAUAAUCAUUGUGAAGCAUUCGAAACUACCUCAUGGUGUCAGCAGAGAACUGACUAGAAUGCGGGACGAAAAAUAUCGUCUGUAUGGCAAAGGGGUGUUAGGUGGGUGGAUGUGGAUUUCACGCACGCUCGUCAGGAAGAUCCUUGAUGAUCCACCUUCUUUUGUCAUUGGAAAACAACGGCAAGACAAAACAGAUCAAGAGGCAUCUUCUGUGGACAUUGUGGCAUCGAAGUUAAUGCAGUGGAGAUUACAGCAGGAGGCAACAAAAAAGAAGCAAAACUGCGUUUGCUAUUCGCCCAGCUGCCGCAUGGGCAUUCCUUCUAGAUCGGUCUGUUCCAAUGAUGCGAGCGCUGGCUAUCAGUCGUGUUAUUCGCAAGAAUGUCGACAAAAGGAGUUGGAUGUGGACGGUUUGCUGGAUCUAAAUCCAUGUUUUGCUUCCUCAAAUCCUUCAACAAGCACCUCAGCUGUUGUGAAAGCUUUCGAUCCUACCAAAAUUCGAGAAGUUCGUAAGGGCGUUUUGGGAGAGGAUCUGCCUUGGCCUCUACCGGAAGUGAAUGAUUUUGUGGCGAGAGGAUCGAAACGAACCAGCAUUUUUGUCAUACCACAAGUUACUCUUCGACGAUUAGCAAAAACUGGUGGCCGAAGAGCGAUUUACGUGCCGAGUUUUUCUGCCACCGCUAAGGGAAACUUGCAGUACUGGAACUAUCCCACCUCAAGGCCCUGUUUUGACCUGUGCUGGAGAUGGUUAACUGCAAAUUGUGCUUCUCUUCAAGCUGUAGCUCUCCAAUUACGAAUACUUUGGGCUUCUGUACGAUGGCAAGACAUGAAACCGGAAGAUGAUGAUCCUGAUAGGCGCAUUGUGAGCCAUUUCCCGGAUCGCGACGAACGGAGGUGGAUAACAUCACAUAAGGAAUAUGCACCACCGUGUAUCUAUGAGCGGUACCGCAUAUCCAUAGAAGUGCUGCCGCUAGAUGAUGACAAAGAGAUUGAGGAAGAGGACGACUUAUCCUGGACAAGUGGAGAACGUGCGGAAAGAAGGAAGAGCACAAGAAGAAAGAGACCCGCCCAUUCGUCUGUACAGCGAGUUAGUCAUCUGAAGGAGGAGUGGGUCGACGGCGUUGACCUCAAGUUGCAUGAGAUAUACGACUACUGGAAAGGGUACAAUGAAAAACAGGAGGCGGAAAAGAGAAAAAAACAAGCAGCCGCAAUGCAAAGAGUUCAGCCUGCACGUCCCACGAUCAAAACACAAACUCGUGAUCGUUCUACUCCGUCACCGCUCACUGCGAACGUGAGGAGAACCACUUCCGCACAAGAUCGGUCCAUCCGACAGCCCAUUCCUCAACCAGUGCGGUUCUCUAGUACGCCUCGUAACGAGCUGCGUCAUGCCCCAAUGGUAGUGCCUGAAAGGAAAAGGAAACCAGUGCGAAUCAGCGAUUAUGAGUACUAUUCGCCGGAUCCGAAUGAUCGUGAUAACGCGGAGGAUGAAUCUGAGCUGACUGGCUGGGAGCCACGAGCUGCAAAGCGGCCUAGACCAUCAUCAGGGAUGGACUCUUCUCGUUUGCUUCAAACCAUAACUCCAACAUCUCGUGUCAUUCCUGGCCGGCAGUACCAAGUCGGCAUAUUGCGAGGAGGAGGCAGAGUGGCGCAAUAG